AUGAGUCAUCCAUUUUACUCCGUCGACUUUGAUCUGCUCAUGAACAAGAAGCCUGGUAAAGGAGCAUCUGCGGUCUCCUCUCAGAGACCGUCUCCGUUGGCCAUGGAUCCAGAGAAUGACGGGUCGUCGUGGAGGGAUGACACCGAAUCGCUGUCAGACUACUCCGACAAAGCUCCUCUGCUGUUUCCCUCGAGAUCUGGUGAGCCAGGCCUGGCAGACGAACGCCUCCUUUCCCGCGGUCUCCAGGUGCCUUCCAAGUCGUCUCUACUCACGUCUGGCUUCGAAUACCCGGCCGUGCUGGCAAACUACCAUGUCUCGGAGGAUGACUGGGCCCGUUUCACGCGCGAAAUUACCGAAGGAGCGAAGCUGUCCGCCCGGCAAUGGAGCACUGUGAUCGGCUCUGGGCUGGGCACGUUGGUUAUCGGCGGAAUGAUGGUGGGAUUCUUCAGCCCCGUCCCGGCCGUGAUGGUAGCGGCAAAGACGCGACAGUCCAAGGAGAUGAAGAAUCUCGCUGCAGCCGUGGCAAUGGGGAGCGAGUCGACCCUCCCUCGGAGGAUCAAAGAGUGGAAUGAAUCCUUCUUCAAGCCCCGGGGUGUCAUGAUCCGCGUGGAUCUGCCCUACCAGACCGAAAGCUUGGAAGAGAUGGACGUCUGCCCGACUUCACCAUCCUUGUUUUCGCUGUCCGGGCGGAUAUCAUCCUGGAAGAAUGACGAGGACUCUAUCAAAAAGAAAGCGUCGCGUCGGGGAAGGAUCGUAAUCAUCCCGCUCGAGGGACGAUCUCCGUCGCAGCUGAGCCGAUCGUCCACAUUGGUUGAUGAGCCGUCACAAUAA